CAGUGCCUUUCGAAACUUUGGAGUUAAUAUUUCCUCGCAUCUCUUCGUGAACGAUCGUUCAGUUAUCAUCGUUUGCUGGAUCUAAACAGCGGCAGUUUGAAGUUGCGUCUGACAGUUCUGAAUGUUGUGAAGUUAGGUUAGGCCAUAAGUAGUUCUCACAUUUAAUGUUUAUGUUUUACAAAUCUCAGUGGUCAGAGUGAGAGCGAAGAUAUCGGGAUCAGUGUAAAGGAAUGACCACGAAUCACCAGUACAAGGUCGGUCAAAUACACGGGAGUGUGAGAAGGAAGUAAAGCCGCCUAUAAUCGGAAAGAGAGAAGGAUUCGACAUCUGCUGCGUCCACUUGAACAGGUUGCAGUUUAACCAAAUCACGUGGCGAUGGGACGCAGUGGUUACACGUGUGUGAGGCAUGUCUUCUGCACUCUCAACGUCCUCAUGUGGCUGUGUGGCUGUGGGAUCCUGGGCGUGGGGAUCUGGCUUCGGCUGUCCUAUGCAGGCUACGCCCAGCUCCUCCCGAAGUACAGCAUGAUCAGUGCUGACAGUAUCUGCAUUUCAGUGGGUGUUAUCAUCUUCAUUGUGGCUUUCUUUGGAUGUUGUGGCUCCUGGUUUCAGAGCAGAUGCAUGCUUAUCACGUACUUCAGUCUUGUCAUCUUCAUGUUUGUCGUGGAGUUCCUGUUUGCAACGCUUGCGUUUGUGUUCCGUGAGAACCUUGGGAGCACUCUACAGGAGGAACUGACUGAAGGCAUUAGACUGCACUACAAUACCACCGAGUCCAAUAGCCUUCAGAACAUCUGGAACCAUAUUCAUAAGGAGUUCCACUGCUGUGGGGUGACGAGUUAUGAAGAUUGGUACCUCAUUGAUGCUUGGCCAGGAAAGAGGAAUGUACCAACCUCAUGCUGCCUGCCAGAAUUUGCAAACAGUACAGGGUGUGGAUAUGAAGGUAACCAGGACAUGUGGUACCCCACGGGCUGUGCAGAGCAGGUGCAGAUGUGGUUUGUGGAGAGACUGCACAUUGUGGGCGUCGUCGGGCUUGUUGUAGCAUUCAUUCAACUAUUUGGACUUAUCUCAUCGAUGCUGCUGUUCUGCACUGUCCGACAUAAGCGAACAUCGCACACAUACAAGUCAUAUGAUCCAACCACAUGACUACUGCGGGAGGGUGACGAAUACUAUCGUCGCUGCCAGCCCUUGUGAAGGUAUUCUUACAUCAGUGGAAGUACGGUUAUAGUAAGGCAAUAAAUGAAUUCAGGAUUUUCAGAGGCAGUUAUGAAACUGUUAACAAAAUAUUGAAAGGUAUAAGAAUGAAUUUCCUUGUUAUCAUAAAGACUUUUCUGCAUCACACAAGAGUACACUGCAGAAAUCAUCUAGAUUAAAUAUUUAUCCUCUAGUCUCUGUUAAUAUGAGCAAAUACAGUGUGAAUGUAAUGACAUGGUAAGGUUUUCAAGCAUAAUUAAUUUGUAAGAAUGAUAGAAGCAUGAAUGGAGUAUGAAUCAAAAGAAAUUAUAUAAAAGUUUACUCACAUAGUAAAUUUCAGUAUGAGGUCCAUCAUUCUGCACAUGUCUGAUCAUUAUUUUAAUUCUUAACCUCACCUCAGGAAGGCCAUCAGAGUCGCAUACACCAGUUCACUUCUGAUACUUUUAAACAUUGUCACAUUCUGUACCACUUCUUCUACAUGGUAAAGGGUAAAAGAUUAGCAUUACAGCCUGCUAUAAGCCUUGGCCUUCUUCUGGCAGUAUAACUCCAGUCUUUUGUAGUGUUUGGCACUGCCUGAAGGUUAUUGCAUGCCAGCCUCUUUACCUGCAGAGAAAUCGUGUUCAGUACCCAUCGGACAGGUCAUGAUAGUAAAGGAAGAAUCACCUCCUCCACUGGAAAUUGAAUUUGGACGUUUAGGUCACACAGUUUUUAGCCUGGCCAUUAUUUUCAUAAUCCUGUAAAUAAAAAUCUAGAAGACUAAGGUAUGAGGGCAUUCUGAAUUUAAAGGUACAGUACCAAAUUACAUUGACAUAUUUAUUGCAAAAAAAAAUUAACAGAGUUAA